UUUGGGGAAGAAGGUAUCGCGAGGAUUUGCUGCGUCACUGUUCCGAGCGUUUACUAUGGCCUGUAAAACUUCGUUUUUCUUCAUUAUUUGAUGUAAUACGGGAUGAUCAGACUACCAAAACAUGAUGAAAUAACAUCAAGGAAAAGUAAAUCUUCAGGAUAUGAUGUUGAGAGUCUAUUAGGUUAUCCUAGCUUACCGACUACAUCGCAAACGACAACCGCCUCGAAAUUAACCGCCAAGGUGCAACCUUUUGAAGUAAAGGAGAAUGAUCUUAUGGAAUCAAGUAAUCCUCGUCCGGAAAACGCGUUUCCAAAAGGACAUCAAAACCCACCGUUUCACCCUAGUCUAGGGUAUCCAUCAUUUGGCUCGCCUUUAGCUCUCGCAAACCUUCAUUUAUACUCAUUGUGGCAAGCUCAGGCUCAGGCUCACGCUGGCCUUGUCAAUUGGCCUUUAAUCCAUCAUGCCAAUCCUGUCUUCACACAAGCUCUACCAAGACCACAAAAUCAGUCUAAUUCAAGUGACAGUAAUCUUAACAAUACAUCAAGAACCCAGAAUACUGUAAAGCAUCCGUCAACUGAAGCAGACACAUCAAUUAAUUCAAACAGUGCAACAGAGAGUCUUCUGGCAGCCAGUGAAUGUCAUUUGGCAGUUUUACGAGAUGAUGAUGGAGAUACACCAUUACAUAUUGCCAUUGUUCAUGAAAACCAAAGACUAAUAGAAAAGUUAAUUGGACUGAUAUCACUUUCUAAAAUGACCGUAAAUACUCCUAAUAAUUUAUCACAGACGGCGUUACAUCUUGCAGUUCUCACCAAACAACCUCUGGUUGUUCAACAACUUAUGAAUGCUGGUGCUGAUGCCAAUGCUCAAGAUCGAAAUGGCCAAACUGCCAUACAUUUGUGUGCAGCUAACGGGGAUAUCAGAUGUUUACAUGAAAUAAAAAGUGCAAAAUCAAAGAGAAUAAAUUUGGAAAUAAAAAAUUUUGAUGGUCUUACAGCAUUGCAUUUAGCAGUGCAAAAAAAGCAUCAAAAUGUAGUGGAGGCUUUAAUACAAUAUGGUGCAAACAUAGAUGUCAAGGAUGGUAAAAGUGGCCACACACCACUACAUCAUGCUAUUGAUCAUGAAUGUUGCGAAAUUCUGCAGUUAUUGGUAGCUAAAGGAGCAAACAUCAAUAAACCCAACUAUUCUGGUGUCAGUCCAGUACAAAAUGCUAACUGUUGUCGUAAUGAAGCAAUAUCAAAAAUAAUUCUUUCGCAGGAAACAGCAGCCCCUGUGACUACAACAAUUAACAGACCAUCUGCCAUACAGCCUACUGCAACAGCAAGUACAUGGCCUAAAACAACUAACAUGCCUAUAUCUGCAAUGAAUGGUGCAGAAACAAACAGGGAGAGGGAAAUGUCAAAACGCAGGAACGAAUCAUCUCCCUCAACUUCAAAACGCAGUAGGACUGAAAUUGGCAAGUAGAAUAAUUUCAGUAGGACUGAAAUUGGCAAGUAGAAUAAUUUAUCCAAAUGGUGCUUUUUAACAUACGCAGGGCAUUGUAUGCCAUGGGCAUGAAGAAUUAAAUUAUUUGCAAAGGUCAACUGUCUGUGUACCAAAACAAAACAAGGUGGCGCCUACAAUAAUAAUUGUAUUACUUUCCCUAUUAUUCCUAUAUAUAUAUUCUACUAAAAUUAAGUCUCUCUGGUAUAUUAAAUUAUUAGCAGAGAUGCUUGUUAGUAGUUAGUGAAAUUGUUUUAUUUGCUUAGGUGGUAUUGAUAACGAAAACAUAUAUUAACAUACUAUGGCUAAUCUAUUGCAGUAAAAAUUUUACUACCUCAGUUUUAUACCAAAGUAGUAAGAAAAAGUGAGACCUUAAACUGUAAAUGAUGUACAUGCAUAUGAAAGUUUUAAAAUACAAGAUGAUAAA